CCUGCGUAUCUAGUCUAUUCUUACCAGCGUCAAUUCUGCAGGCUAACAAGCUUACGAAGCUAGGCGGGGAAAUGUUGCGGUUUAAUCGUUAAAAAAUGGAAAUAAUUCUUGCUUUUGUGGAAUUAUAGACUGGAAUCACAUGCCCUAACGUUUACAAGAGCUGCCUUGAUAUGUCGAAGUGGAAAAUGAGCAAUUUCACGGUGUCGCAGUAGAGCCGCCCAGUUUCAUGUUGGAAUAUAAAGAACCCGCGUCAGAGCAGAGGCCAGCAGAGCCACCCAGAAGAAGCCCAUCCCAAUCCAGGACCACCAGGGCAAGCCCGAAGGUGAUCGAAUCGAGCACGAUGGGUGGUGCGUUGGGACCGAUUCUCCACUGGCUCCACGACGUGGCUGCCGUGACUCUCCUGAAGGCCAGGAGAACUUUAUUCCAAGCCGCUGUUCUCUUCUGCGUUCUGGGUCUUCUGCUUUGGGUGUCCAUUUUCUUAUACGGCAGUUUUUAUUACUCCUACAUGCCCACGGUGAGCUUCUCCGCCCCUGUGCAUUACUACUUCAACUCCGAUUGCGACGCAUCGAAGCUUUGCUCCUUCCCAAUGGCCAACAUCUCCCUGUUGAAGAACGACCGAGACCAGGUGAUGGCUUUCGGGCAACCGUACCGAAUAUCUCUGGAGUUGGAGCUUCCGGAAUCGCCCGCGAACGAACAACUAGGCAUGUUCAUGGUGAAGAUGUCCUGCUACUCCAAAGGCGGGAAAACAGUGUCUUCGGUUCGACGUUCCACGAUGCUGCACUACCGAUCGGCUCUUUUGCAGACCCUCAGCACCUUCUUCUUCUCCCCGUUUCUGCUAACCGGAAUGGCCGAACAGAAGCAGCUGAUCGAAGUGGAGCUUUUCCCCGCCUACAAGACCAACAGCUACCAACCCACCGUCGGCGCUGUGAUCGAGAUCCAAUCCAGACGCGUUCAGAUCUACUCGUCCCAGCUCCGGAUCCACGCGUACUUCACCGGCGUCCGUUACGUUUUGUACAACUUCCCGUUGAUGUCGGCCGUGGUGGGCGUUGCCAGCAACUUCGCCUUCAUCGGCGCCGUGGUGCUCUUCAGCUAUCUGCAGUUCGUCUGGGGCGGUCUUUGGCCUCCGGAUCAGGUGCGCGUCAAGGUCAUGAUGGGCGACAGUACCCGGAUGCAACAGAGGAAGGAGGAAGUCAAGAAGCGUAUGGAGAAGGAAAAUUCCUUGAAGGAACUGGAUUCGCCCAAGGCCAUCGGUCCCGUGAACGAGGAGGUCGAUGACACGGCGGCGGAGGCGUCAAAGACUUCCUUUGUGGUGGGAAAUGUCAUCGAUCGCGAUGUUCCCGAUCCGGAGAAAGAUGGGUCAGCUGACUUCGGACCGCCGGAGGAGACCGAGAAGAACGAGACAACGCUCCGACAGAGAGCCGGGACGUCGAAAGAAGCAUCGGAUUAGUCGGCCGUCUUGAAAAUGAGUCACGCUUCGAUAAUUAGCUGCCAUUGACGGCGAUGGACAGUGAGUUAAUGCGCAGUUAAAAUAAGCCACUGUGUAGUAUUGAAUCCAAAAUUAGCAUUUAGCACUCCUAUUUUAACUCACAAGUUAAUGCGCAUUUGAAUCAGUUAAAUGACUCGGACGCCCAUCGCCGUCAAUGGCAGCCAGAGAUUUAUGCAUUCCUAUAGUCAUCGAACAUGUUACAAAGCUAUUUUAUUACAACACGCGCACUUAGAAAUGUUAUUUUUGUUAAAGUUUUUAUGUAGAAAUGUAGCUAAAUCGUUUUUUGGGAUUUUAAUAGUUCAUCUGUUAUAUGGUGUUGUCUAUGGUCAUUAUCGCCAUAAGUAGAUCUGUUCCUGCAAUGCACAUUUUAGCCAGCAGAUGGUACCCAAUUAGCGCUGAGUUGCAACAUUGAUUGAAUUCCAUAUGGCUUCAAACGUCAACACUUUGUUGUCGUCAAACUUGCUGCGUUUAUGACGUUAGACGUCCCGCUUUUUUGACGUCAAACUUCCUGCUUUUUUAACAUGAAAAAGAUGUUUGUAAUGUGAAACUCACUGCUUUUUUGUCAUCAAACUUGCCGUUUUUUGGUCACCAAACUUGCCGCUUUUUUUGCGUCGAACUUGCUGCUUUUUUGGCGUCAAACUUGCUGCUUUUUUAACUUCAGACUUCCCGCUUUUUCAACAUGAAAAAAGAUGUUUGUAAUCUGAAACUCGCCACUUUUUUGUUGUCAAACAUCCAGGUUUUUUGACGUCAGACUUUCCACAUUUUUGACGUCAGACUUACCGCUUUUUUGACUUGAAACUAGAUGUGUGUAAUGUGAAACUCACCACUUUUUUGUUGUCAAACUUCCCGCUUUUUUGACGUCAACUUCCCGCUUUUUUAAUGUCAAACUUGCCGCUUUUUUGAGGUCAAACUUUCAGCUUUUCAACAUGAAAAAAGAUGUUUGUAAUGUAAAACUCGCUGCUUUUUUGACGUCAAACUUACCGCUUUUUUGACGUCAAACUUCCAGCUUUUCAACAUGAAAAAAGAUGUUUUUAAUGUGAAACCCGCUGCUUUUUUGUCGUCAAACUUGCCGCUUUUUGGUCACCAAACCUCCCGCUUUUUUGGUGUAAAACGUGCCGCUUUUUUGACAUCAGACUUCCCGAUUUUUUGACUUCAGAAUUGCCGCUUUUUCAACAUGAAACGAGACGUUUGUAAUGUGAAACUCGCCGCUUUUUGAUGUCAAACUUCCAAGUUUUUUGACGUCACUUUCCACAUUUUUGACGUCAGACUUACCGCUUUUUCGACUUGAAAUUAGAUGUUUGUAAUGUGAAACUCACUGCUUUUUUUGUCGUCAAACUUCCCGCUUUUUUGACGUCAAACUUGCUGCUUUUUUGACGUCAAACUUGCUGCUUUUUUGAUGUCAAACUUGCUGCUUUUUUGACAUCAGACGUCCCUGUUUUUUGACUUCAGACUUCCCUCUUUUUCAACCUGAAACGAGAUGUUUGUAAUGUGAAACUCGCCGCUAUUUUGACGUCAAACUUUCAGCUUUUUUUACGUCAAACUUGCCGCUUUUUUGUCGUCAAACUUGCCACUUUUUACGUCAAACGUGCUGCUUUUUCCACGUCUGGCUUUUUCAACAUGAAUCGAGAUGAUUGUAAUGCGAAACUUCCCGCUUUUUGACGUCAAAUGAAGCUUCGGGUAAUCGUCAAUCUUGAAAUUAGUCACGCUUUGAUAAUUUUCUGCCAUUGACGGCGAUGGACAGUGAGUUAAUGCGCAGUUAAAAUAAUUAACUUUGAGAUUAAUUGCAAUCUGUGUUGUACUGAAUACAAAAUUAGCAUUUAGCACUUUUAUUUUAAAUAUCCUGUCAUAUGAAUGCGAUAUUAAUCUUUUUUAACUCACAAGCUAAUGCGUUUAUGAACCAGUCAAAUUACUCGGACGCCCAUCGCCGUCAAUGGCAGCCAGAGAUUUAUGCAAUCGUAUAAUCGCGAGCAUGUUACAAAGCUAUUUUAAUACAACACACGCACCUAAAAAUGAUGUUUUCCUCUAAGUUUUUAAUUUACAAAUAUAGGUAAAUCGUUUUUUUGGGGGGGGGGGUUAACAGUUUAUCUGUUACAUGGUGUUGUCUAUGGUCAUUAUCGCCAUAAGUAGAUCUGUUCCUGCAACGAGCAUUUUGGCUAGCAGCCCAAUUAGCGCUGAGUUGUAAGAUUGAAUUCCAUCUGCCAAAGUCGUAUCUCAACUCAACUCUGCCAAAUAUACGCUAUACGAACAUAGAUAACACAAUUUGUUCAAAUAUUCAUAUUUCUGUAAUCUGUUUACACCAUGUAGUUUUAGGUUGUAGCACAACUUGAUGUCAGAAGAUGGCGCCAAAUCUGCGCUGACUAGCUGCAUUUUGGGAUGCUACAUACAAUAGCAGUAGCACCAAUCAGCCUCAAGAUGGCCUAGUACGCCAAUUGACACCCCCUGCCGACUGUAUGUGAGUACUACGUACAACACAAUUGAAAAUAGCAACACAAUUUGUUCUGAUAAAAAUUGGAGGUUGCCCGAUAUGGGAUUUACAAUAUAAAUAUAUCAGGGGACAUUGAAAAAGUUCCAUAUACCAGCCCGAUAAAACGGUCGACCUGAAUAAAAAAAGAUCAUAAUCCAAACAGUUACCAGUCAUUCUAUAAUAUCGGCUAUAUGUAUCGGCUGGUCUUGAAAAAAGUCCCUGUAAUGGCCUGAUAAAUUGGUCAACCUUCAGAAAAACUAUAACCAAACAGGUAACAUAACUAUGCUAUUAUAUCGGUGGACUUAUCGGGUAAACCUUCAUAAAGUCAAAACCCAAACAGUUAUUCCUAAUAUCGGCUUUAUAUCUGAAGACUUCGGGGGAAAAAAAAACAUAUACCUGCCCGAUAUAUCGGUCGACCUUAAUAAAAACAAUCAUAACCCUAACAGUUAUUCUAUUAUAUCAGCUAUACAUUAGCUGAUCUUGAAAAAAAAUCCAUAUAUUGGCCCGAUAAAUUGGUAAACCUUGAUAAAAAAAAAACAUCAUGACCCAAACAUUUAAUACUUAUCCUAUUAUAUCGGCGGACUUUGACAAAAGAGUCCAAAUAUCGGCCCGAUAUAUCGGCAGACUUUGGAAAAAAAAUGUCCAUAUAUCGGUCCGAUAUAUCAUAGACCUUCAUAAAAAAGCCAUAAUUUAAGUUGUUCUUAAUAUCUGCUAUAUAUCAAAAAAGUUGGGGGAAAAAAGUCCAUAUAUCGGCCCGAUAUUUCGGCGGACUUUGGAAAAAAUGUCACUUUAUCGGCCUGAUAUAUCGUAGACCAUCAUAAUAAAGUCAUAACCCAAACAUUUAAUAGUUAUCUGAUUAUAUCGGUGGACUUUGAAAAAAAGUCCAUAUAUCAGCAGACUUUGAAAAAAUGUCCAUAUAUCGGCCCAAUAUAUCAUAGACCCUCAUAAAAAAGUCAUAUCCCAAACAGUUAAGUUGUUCUUUAUAUUGGCUAUGUAUCAGAAAAGUUGGAAAAAAAGUCCAUAUAUCGGCCCAAUAUUUCAGCAGACUUUGGAAAAAAAAUGUCGCUAUAUCGGUCUGAUAUAUUGUAGACCUUCAUAAAAAAGUCAUAACCCAAACAUAUAAUAGUUAUCCGAUUAUAUUGGCGGACUUUGGAAAACAUUUCCAUAUAUCGGCCCGAUAUAUCGGUCGACCUUCAUAAAAAAAGAUCAUGACCCAAACAGUUAAUAGUUAUCCUAUUAUAUCAACGGACUUUGAAAAAACGUCCAAAUAUCGGCCCGAUAUAUCGUAGACUUUCAUAAUAAAGUCAUAACCCAAACAUUUAAUAGUUAUCUGAUUAUAUCGGUGGACUUUGGGGGGAAAAAAGUCCAUAUAUUGGCCCGAUACAUGGGCAGACUUUGAAAAAAUAUCCGUAUAUCGGCCCGAUAUAUCAUAGACCUUCAUAAAAAAAGUCAUAACCCAAACAUUUAAUAGUUAUCCAAUUAUAUCGGCGGGCUUUGAAAAAAAAUUCCAUAUAUCGGACCGAUAUAUCGGCAGACUUUGAAAAAAAGUCCAUAUAUCGGCCCGAUAUAUGGGCAGACUUUGAAAAAAUAUCCGUAUAUCGGCCCGAUAUAUUAUAGACCUUCAUAAAAAAAGUCAUAACCCAAACAUUUAAUAGUUAUCCAAUUAUAUCGGCGGGCUUUGAAAAGAAAUUCCAUAUAUCGGACCGAUAUAUCGGCAGACUUUGAAAAAAAGUCCAUAUAUCGGCUCGAUAUAUGGGCAGACUUUUAAAAAAUAUCCGUAUAUCGGCCCAAUAUAUCAUAGACCUUCAUAAAAAAAGUCAUAACCCAAACAUUUAGUAGUUAUCCAAUUAUAUCGCCGGGCUUUGAAAAAAAAUUCCAUAUUUCGGACUGAUAUAUCGGCGGACUUUGAAAAAAAGUCCAUAUACCGGCCCGAUAUAUCGGUCAACUUUCAUAAAAAGAUCAUAACCCAAACAGUUAACCGUUAUUCUUUACAUCGGCAGUAUAUAUCGGCUGACUUUGAAACAACUCCAUAGUAUAUCGGUCGACAUUCAUAAAAAAAAAAAAAAAAAAAGUA